AUUGAAUAUUAUACUGAAUCUAUUCAAAACAACCAAUCAAAACCAGCAUUUACAUAUUUUGUUAACCGAUGUCAUGGCAACGCGUCAAAAUGGCUGCCAUCGAGAUAUUUUCAAGUCCUAUCAAUUAUAAAUACAAAAGUAAAAUAUGUUCCUUAAACUUUCUCGCAGUAUUAUUUUUCAUCCUUUUAUCAUUGAUUUCACCGCUUUUCAUUAUUUCUAAUACAGGAGGUUAUUCGUUGAAAAAUCACGUACUCAUGGAAAAGCCUGGUGUAUCGUUUAAUUACAAAUAUUUAUUGUUAGCAAAUAAAGAUUACAAUAUUGAUCCUGUUGUAUGUUCAACUUUUAAAACGUACAAGGAUAAUGAAAUUAAAGAUGACUGUAUAUUGAUAAAGGUUCGUGAAAUAGAUACAAAUAUUGAUGGUAAAAAGGAUAUUUUAAAAUUUGAAGCGCAUUUUUAUAGCGAUCAAGCUAUAAAGUCUUUUAAACUUUUACUUUUUUUCAAUUUUCAACUAAAGCAAUUAUUUAAAACAACAGUAGAAUCUAUUGCCUAUCUCACUCAUACAUUAAACGAAGAGGUCCAGAAGGUGCACUUCUAUGGAGAUUUGAUAUUGCAACAAAAAAGUCUUCUCACUAGUGAAGGUUUAUACGAGUCAUACAAUCGUAGUAUAGAAGUUGCUGAUUAUUCAAUAGAUGAACUGCUUAUGCAAAAUUUUAACAGAAAAUUCGUAGCUAAAAUAACUAACAAAUAUGUAAUGGAAGAGGCUGGUUAUACAAAUGACAAUGUAAUAAUCAUUCAAGCAGAACUAGUUUAUAGGGAUCAUUUAAUUUAUUAUCAACCGAGUGUUUGGGAAGAAUUGAAAUGGAUAUGGAUUCAAUAUUUAUCUUGUUUUCUUGUACUUGCCUAUAUAGCUAAGCAUGUUUUAAUUUUCUUGUUUUCAAAUCGAUAUUUGAAUUGUUACAUUGUAACACCAUGGAAGAAUAAAUAGUAUUUUUAUUAAAUUCA